AUGAGUAUCGUGGGUCAAGAUGUCCCAGAGACUACCAUAGCAAAGAUCCGACAAGCUGCUGGGGGGAAUUUGGAAAGAGCUAUCAAUAUAUUCUUAGAUGGAUCUUAUGAAGCUAUGACCGUCAGACCUACUGCACUGCUCCCCGAACGACCGCAGAGAACCUUGCCCGUCCCUGUCGAGACGCAACCCGAGACAACCAGUCAGAUCGAAAAGACCCCAGCUCAAAAUUAUCUAUCCGAAUGGACACCACCUGAAGGCGCAGAGGUCCUCCAAUACAUGCCCUCACACCGAUACAUCGGAGCCUUUGGCGUAGCAGCAUGGGCUACAAAAAGUGGGUUGAAUGUGAUUCGACACGAAGACAAAGUCAAGAUUGAAAGAACGAAAAUACGUACGACCAAGAUAGGUAAAAAAGGGAGGCUCAUACCAAAUCAGAAGGCGGAUGUUAUUACUCGCUUUACGAAUAUGAGAGGAGAAGAGAUAGGACGGCUACCCCAAGAGACGGCGGAAUGGGUUUCGACACUCAUUGAUCAGGGGAUUUGCGACUUUGAAGGAUCUUGUGUGUUUGCGCCUGAUUACAUGAGAGUGAAUGACACGAUAUAUCUACAAUUGCGCUGUUAUUUAAAACGUAAUGCCUUUUUCAAAAGCAUUCAGAACAUAGACGACAACAGGACAGUUCAUCUGUUUGAACAAAAGGAGAGUACAGAAGAGCGAGAUUUACGAAUUCGUCAGAUUGCACUUGUCCGUCUGUUUGAUGAAAUUGGUCUCUUACCCAUCUCAACCAACGAAACCACCGCCAAGCAUAAAAAAGAGGGCUUGCUUCGUGCUGCUGAAAUGGCCGAGCAGUACGAUAAGAAUAAAGAUAAACCCAGGGAGGCGACGGACCUAGAAGAUUCUCCUGAUGAGGAGACGGCCGAGCUAGAGGAAGACCAUCUCGACACUUUGUACCAGAAAGCUCAAUCCUUUGAUUUUAAUACACCCGAAGCCCAACCGGCGGAGACGUUUGCUUUAAAUCUCCGCAAAUAUCAGAAACAAGCCCUGCAAUGGAUGCUCGCCAAAGAAAGAGAUACCAAAUCCACCAACAAGUCUUCAAUGCAUCCUCUUUGGGAGGAGUACAAGUGGCCUGUGAAGGAUGCGGAUGAUAAAGUUUUGCCAUGUGUUGAGCGGCAAGAUGCUUUCUAUGUGAAUCCAUACUCUGGCGAACUGAGUCUAGAUUUUCCUGUUCAGGAACAGCACUGUUUGGGUGGGAUUUUGGCGGACGAAAUGGGUCUGGGCAAGACGAUUGAAAUGAUGAGCUUGGUCCAUACAAAUAGAGAAACGCCAACUGCUCCCACUUCUACAAAUGAACUGCCUAGACAAUCUUCUGCUAGCGGUAUUGUACCAGCACCGUAUACCACUCUGGUUGUGGCACCGACGUCACUACUCGCGCAAUGGGAGAGCGAAGCCCAAAAAGCAUCAGCCCCCGGGACGAUGAAGACUCUUAUAUACUACGGAUCAGAUAGAACGACGAACUUGAAAACUCUCUGCGCCAGAGCAAAUGGUGUAAAUGCACCAAAUGUGAUUGUUACGAGCUAUGGUGUGGUUUUAUCAGAAUACCGUAGCUUUGUGACACAAGCUCAACACAAUCCAGCUGCCCACAUCGGCCUUUUCUCCGUCGAGUUCUUUCGGAUCAUUCUUGAUGAAGCACAUCUCAUCAAAAAUCGACUGUCUAAAUCUGCGCGAGCAUGUUAUGAGCUUAAUGCUAUUCAUCGAUGGGUUCUGACCGGCACACCAAUCGUGAAUCGACUGGAAGAUCUCUUCAGUCUCGUACGCUUCUUGAAAGUCGAACCAUGGAGUAAUUUCUCGUUCUGGAAGACCUUCAUUACCGUUCCAUUUGAGUCUAAAGACUAUGUUCGCGCAUUGAAUGUUGUCCAGACUGUUCUCGAACCUCUUGUCCUACGGAGAACGAAGACGAUGCAAACUCCGGAGGGUGAAGCAUUAGUUCCUCUUCCUCCACGAACAGUCACAAUUGAGGAGGUUGAACUCUCCGAGGAAGAACGGGCAAUUUAUGAUCUUGUUUAUUGGCGCGCGAAAAGAGCCUUCAAUGAUAAUGUGGAAGCCGGAACGCUACUAAAGUCUUACUCGACUAUCUUUGCUCAGAUCUUACGGCUUCGUCAAACAUGCUGUCAUCCAAUCUUGACCCGCAACAAAGCUAUUGUUGCCGAUGAAGAGGAUGCAGCAUUAGCUGCUGAUGCGGUGAACGAAUUUCAGGACGACAUGGACCUGCAAGAGCUCAUUAAUCGAUUCCAGAAGUCUACAGAAUCAUCGAACACAGCUCAGCCGCAAGAUACCAUGGUGCGCUUCACAACACAUGCUCUCCGGCAGAUCCAAAGCGAUGUCAGUGCCGAAUGUCCUAUUUGUUCUGAAGAGCCUUUGGUCGAGCCCGCAGUCACAGGAUGCUGGCAUAGUGCCUGCAAGAAGUGCCUUGAGCUUUACAUCCGACAUCAGACUGAUAAAGGUGAACUUCCGCGGUGCUUUUCAUGUCGCGCUCCAGUGACACGACAUGAUAUAUUUGAAGUCAUCCGCUACCAACCAGCUAGUGGUACAUUAGAUGAUAUCGAAACUUCAACACUACCAACGUCAUCACAGCCAAUGCCGAGAAUAUCCCUGAGACGUGUGUACCCAUUAUCUCCUUCAGCUCAUACGUCCGCAAAGAUUCACGCCCUCAUCACGCAUCUCAUGAGACUACCUCCAAACUCCAAAUCCGUCGUCUUCUCCCAAUUCACAUCAUUCCUGGACCUGAUUGGCCCCCAACUCACAAAAGCUGGCAUAACCUUUUUGCGGUUAGACGGCUCAAUGCCCCAAAAGGCACGCGCAGAAGUACUCCGUCAAUUCAAUCGCACCGAAAUAUACGAAGAAGAACUCGAAUUAGACGAAGACGCACCUGUUAGGGGCGAGGCAGCAGCAACCCACAGCCAAACCCCCCAACCAUCCCCCAACGUCCUCCUCAUCAGUCUCCGAGCCGGCGGCGUGGGACUCAACCUCACAGCCGCCAACAACGUAUUCAUGAUGGAUCCGUGGUGGAGUUUUGCUGUCGAAGCUCAAGCUAUCGACCGCGUGCAUCGUAUGGGCCAAUUACGCGAAGUCUCCGUGACGAGGUUCGUAGUCAAGGACUCUAUCGAAGUGCGUAUGCUGCGUGUGCAAGAAAAGAAAAUGAAUAUUGCGGGUUCGUUGGGACUCAGGGUCAGUGGGGAUGGGACGGAGGAUGAUAGGAAGAAGAGUCGGAUUGAGGAGUUGCGGCUACUUUUUGAGUAG